GCAACCCGGGGCCGCCCCCAGCGGAAGCGCUGCCGGUGCCGGUGCCGGGCGGGCGCCACGUCAGGCGGGGCGGGGCGGGGAGCGGGCGGCGGGCCGGGGCCCGGAACGCGGGCCGGGAUGCGGGCAGGAGCGCGGGCAGGGAUGCGGGCAGGGAUGCGGGCGCUGGCGCUGGCGGGGCUGCUGUGCGCGCUGCGGGCCGGCGGCACCGAGCUGACCUUCGAGCUGCCCGACAGCGACAAGCAGUGCUUCCACCAGGAGCUGGAGCGCGGCCUCAAGUUCACGCUGGACUACCAGGUGAUCACCGGGGGACACUAUGAUGUGGACUGCUACGUGGAGGACCCCAACGGCAGGACAAUCUACAAGGAGACCAAGAAGCAGUACGACAGCUUCCCGCAUCACACCGAAGUCAAGGGCGUCUACACCUUCUGCUUCAGCAAUGAGUUCUCCACUUUCUCCCACAAAACGGUCUACUUCGACUUCCAGGUGGGCGACGAGCCACCGAUCCUGCCCGACAUGAGCAACCGCGUCACCGCCCUGACGCAGAUGGAGUCCGCCUGUGUCACCAUCCACGAGGCUCUGAACGCAGUGAUCGACUCCCAGACUCACUACCGCCUGCGGGAAGCGCAGGACCGGAGCAGGGCCGAGGAGCUCAACAGCCGGGUCUCGUACUGGUCGGUCGGGGAAACCCUCAUCCUCUUUGUGGUCAGCAUUGGGCAGGUGAUGCUGCUCAAAAGCUUCUUCACCGAGAAGAGACCCGGCAGCGGUGGGGCCGGCACCUAGAGCCACAGCCACUCCAUGGCCAAACUGGGGGGGGGAGCGGGCCGGCGGCGUUCUGGGUCACGCUCUGCCUCCCUUUUCUGCAGGUGCCGCUGUGGGGAGGUGGCUGGGGGGGAGCAGGGGAUGACGUGAUGCUGCUGAGCCAGGUGGAAAAUGGUCACCCAAGCACGGGCAUCCCCCAGCCAGUCCCCCCAGCAUCACCUCCCGCUUUGCCUUCGCCUGCCCUGCGGCCCCGUCCCCUCACCCAACCGGUCUAUCCCCGCUUGCCAGCUCCACUGGGGAAGCGGGUGGGCAUGCUGGUGGGGUUUGGCAUCAACGCUCUGGCCCCUUGUCCGAUGCCUGGUGCACCCUCAGAGCCCGAUGUGACUGCAAGGUGCAGCCCGGCAUCCAGCAAGGCCACGCGCUGCCCGCGCAGCAGGGCACGAGCUCUGCCCAGGCUGCCGAGGGGCUGGGGCGACGCUGACCCACCGAGCACCCACCUCCUGAGCACUCCUGCACCGAGCCAAGUGCAGGGCCCCUUUGUUCCCCGGGGCAGGCAGGACGCUCCCCCGCAGCGGGCAGGGUGCUCCCUGCAGCAGGGCCAAAGCCAGCAGCAGCAUCCCAGGAGCCACUGGUUCAAAAAUGGGGGCGAGGUUUCAGCAGGGGCUUUUCGCUUGGUGAUUUCCUUUGCUUUGCAAGCCCCCCCCUCCUCACAGCGAAGCAUUUCCCAGGCCCUUCUCUGCCGCAGGACCGAGCGGCGUGCCCAUACAAGAUGGUGUUUUCAUACUUGUGCGAGCCCAUGCCUGGGGCUUGGCCCCACCACGUGUCCCACCGUGCCCAGCAGACAGCGGGAGCAAGCACAGCUCUGCUCCACCUGCACCAAGGAAGCCCCAUCCCUGUCCCAGCAGCAGCGAGGACCCCCCGCACCCAUGGGGGACUGUGGCCCCAUUCCCUGGAGCCCCACAAAACAGAGACACACACCCACCCCCCCCCAAGAACCCCUGGGAGACCACCCUGUGCGAGAGCCCUGGGGAGGCCAGCGUGCCGGCCACCGCCGCCAGCCCCUGAGCGGGCGUGGGAUCGCUCCUCUGGAGCCGGAGCAGCACCACUGGUGUUCUACUUUGCCACUUCGUAAUAAACCCCUGCGACCGUG